AUGAGUCUACUGUUCUGGAACGUGCGUGGGCUUGGGAAUCGACGCACCGUUCGGGAGCUCGAGAAGUAUAUUCGGGCACAAGAUCCCACCACCCUCUUCCUGGGCGAGACGUGGGUGGGUGAAGCUAGGCUGAUUGAUUUAUGCUCUAAGUUGGGAUUUGAUCAUUAUUGGGUUACACCGCAAACAAAUCGCUUGGGCUGCCUAGUUCUGUACUGGAAAAACACAACAACGAUUGAGGUAGUCUCCUCGUCGCCGAAUCACAUAGACGCUGUGGUUGGGGCUACGACGGACGAAAGGUGGCGUCUCACCGGGAUUUACGGUUUCGCCGAUCCAGCCAAAAAACGGGAUACUUGGGCUCUCCUCCGUCAGCUUCGUAUAAGUCCCCCGUUGCCGUGGCUUUGCGCAGGGGAUUUCAAUGAAAUCCUCUGGUCCCAUGAGAAAUGCGGCCUUGGCCUGAGAUGCGAAAACCAAAUGAGGGACUUCCAUGAAGUGCUGGACGAAGCUGGGUUGAAGGACCUGGGUUUUGUUGGGAAGAAAUUCACGUGGAAGGGCCAACGCCGCGGUGGUUUGGUACUGGAGAGGCUGGACCGUGCUGUUGCUAACAACCUUUGGCUUUCCCAAAACCCAGGUACGAAGGUCCAACAUCUCCACUCUUACUCCUCUGACCAUCUAGCCAUUAUUGUAAAACCUGAAGGCAUCGUCCCUAGACCAAACCGGCCUUUCAAAUUUGAACAAAUGUGGCUGCGUGACAGGGGUUGUAGUGAUACAGUCAUCAGUGCUUAG